AUUAGAUAUCACUUCCUCAUCAACUCUCAAUUACAUUCUUUCUAUUCUCUCAUUUACGUUAUAAGUAAAAUCCGUUCAUUCUGUUUUUACUACUUAUAGUAGUUCUCUUGUUAUAUUUUGAGCUCAAUAUUUUGGCAUUUGGUUGCAUUUCAGAAUAAAAUUGAGUGAGAAUCAUCGGAAGAACAAGAAAUGGCUUCUCGUUUGACUAGAGUUCCUAGCCUUAAGGAGCGUUUGGAUGAAACUCUCACUGCUCAACGCAAUGAAAUUAUCUCUUUUUUAUCCAAGAUUGCAAGUCAUGGGAAGGGAAUUUUGCAACCCCAUGAAGUGUUGUCAGAAUUUGAAGCUGUUGCUGACAAACAUAAGUUAGCUGAUGGUCCAUUUGGUGAAGUUUUAAGGCACACCCAGGAAACAAUUGUGUUGCCUCCAUGGAUCACCCUUGCUGUUCGUCCUAGGCCCGGUGUCUGGGAAUACAUUCGUGUCAAUGUCGAUGCACUCGCUGUCGAGGAAUUGACCCCUUCGCAGUUUCUCCAUGUGAAGGAAGAAUUAGUUGAUGGAAGUACAAAUGGGAACUUUGUGCUCGAGCUUGAUUUCGAGCCAUUUACUGCUUCGUUCCCCCGCCCUACACUUUCCAAGUCAAUUGGAAAUGGUGUGGAGUUCCUUAACAGGCAUCUUUCUGCUAAGAUGUUUCAUGAUAAGGAGAGUAUGCGCCCGUUGCUUGACUUCCUCAGGAUGCACCACUACAAGGGCAAGACAAUAAUGCUGAAUGACAGAAUCCAAAACCUUGAUUCUCUUCAAGCUGUUUUGAGAAAAGCAGAAGAGUUCCUGACCACCAUUCCUGCUGACACACCCUACUCUGAGUUCGAUCACAAGUUUCAGGAGAUUGGUUUGGAGAGAGGUUGGGGUGACAAUGCCGAGAGAGUGAUGGACAUGAUUCAGCUACUUCUUGACCUUCUUGAAGCUCCUGAUUCUUGCACCCUCGAGAAAUUCCUCGGCAGGAUCCCAAUGGUUUUCAAUGUUGUAAUCCUCACACCUCAUGGUUACUUUGCUCAAGCCAAUGUCCUUGGCUACCCUGACACUGGUGGCCAGGUUGUGUAUAUCCUUGAUCAAGUUCGUGCUUUGGAGCAUGAGAUGCUUCUACGCAUCAAGCAACAAGGUCUUGACAUCGUCCCGCGCAUCCUUAUUGUGUCUCGUCUGCUCCCUGAUGCAGUGGGGACCACCUGUGGUCAGCGUCUUGAGAAGGUCUUUGGAACUGAACACUCGCACAUCCUUCGUGUACCCUUCAGAACAGAGAAGGGAAUUGUCAGAAGAUGGAUUUCCCGAUUUGAAGUAUGGCCUUACCUAGAGACUUACACCGAGGAUGUUGCAAAUGAAAUUGCUGGAGAGCUACAGGCCAAACCUGAUCUGAUCAUUGGAAACUACAGUGAUGGUAAUAUCGUCGCCUCUUUGUUAGCGCACAAACUCGGAGUUACACAGUGUACAAUUGCUCAUGCGCUUGAGAAGACCAAGUACCCGAACUCAGACAUCUACUGGAAGUCAUUCGAGGAGAAGUACCACUUCUCUUGCCAGUUCACUGCUGAUCUAAUUGCCAUGAACCACACUGACUUUAUUAUUACCAGUACUUUCCAAGAGAUUGCUGGAAACAAGGACACCGUUGGACAAUAUGAGAGUCACAUGGCUUUCACGCUGCCUGGCCUCUACCGAGUUGUUCAUGGAAUUGACGUCUUUGACCCCAAAUUCAACAUUGUGUCUCCUGGAGCAGAUCUUUCUAUCUACUUCAAUUACACCGAAGAGAAGAAGAGACUCACAGCUCUCCACCCAGAAAUCGAAGAGUUGCUCUUCAGUGAAACUCAAAACGAGGAGCACAUCUGUGUUCUCAAGGACCGGAAGAAACCAAUUAUAUUCUCGAUGGCAAGGCUAGACCGAGUAAAGAACAUGACUGGCCUUGUCGAAUGGUAUGGUAAGAACAAGAAGCUGCGAGAGCUAGUGAACCUUGUGGUAGUUGCUGGUGAUAGGAGGAAGGAAUCCAAGGACACAGAAGAGAAGGAAGAAAUGAAGAAGAUGUACGGGCUUAUUGAGGAGUACAACUUGAAUGGACAGUUCAGGUGGAUCUCAGCCCAAAUGAAUAGGGUGAGGAACGGUGAGCUCUACAGGUACAUUGCUGACACCAGAGGAGCAUUUGUUCAACCCGCUUACUAUGAGGCUUUUGGGCUCACGGUCGUUGAAGCCAUGACUUGUGGGCUGCCCACAUUCGCUACAUGCCAUGGUGGGCCAGCUGAGAUCAUUGUCCACGGAAAAUCAGGUUUCCAUAUUGAUCCAUACCAUGGGGACAAGGCUGCUGAUCUUCUUGUCGAUUUCUUCGAGAAGUCUACGGCCGAUCCUAGUUACUGGGAGAAUAUUUCUAAGGGAGGAUUGCAACGAAUCGAGGAGAAAUACACAUGGAAGAUCUACUCCGACAGGUUGCUAACUCUUGCUGGUGUUUACGGUUUCUGGAAAUACGUCUCAAACCUUGAUCGCCGUGAAGCUCGUCGUUACUUGGAAAUGUUCUACGCCCUUAAGUACAAAAAGCUCGCUGAGUCAGUGCCUUUGGCUAUCGAGGACGCAAACUGAAGAUGAGAAGCGUUGUCGAAUUGGUGAAUAUGCAUGGAAGAAUGGAGGCGUUUCUCAGCGUGCUUGUCAAAAAUAACUCAAAUUCUUUGAGAUUGUAAUCAGAAAGAAAUGAAAGUCCUUUGGACUUUGUUUCUUGCUGCCUUUUUCUUAUUUCUUCUACCCUGUCUAUUCUGCAUUAUUGCUCUUUGCGGCAUUAUUGUCUUUUGAUUGUGGAGGGAACAAUUGUGUUCCGAUUUGUAAUGAAGAAAAGGUCCAUUUUCUACCUUAUUAUUUCCAAAUCAUUCUCUUCAA